UUUCCUCGUACUCCAAUUUAUCCUCUUUUCCUCAAUCAAAAUCACAAUAAUUCCCGAAUCCCUAAAUUUUGGCGAUUGGAAAACCCUAAUUCGCCGGUGUUGCAAUGUCAAACAACGUGCCUUCGUCGUCGUCGUCAUCUACUUCAUCGUCGUCGUCGUCGCAAUACACUUACUCUAACGGCACAUACUUCCCGACGCCGUUUCAUCUCCAACAACAACAACAGCAACAACCCUACAUAGGCGCUGCUCCUCCGCCGCCCGUGCAGCAACUUUCUGCUCCUUACGUUUAUCCUGCGCCGGCUCCUAUUCCCGGUGUUUACACUUUGCCUCAAUUUCAACAAGCUCAGCAGUUAUUCCAAAGAGAUGCGCAAACAAUCACACUUGAAGCACUUGAAACUGUGAAAGCUGCACUUGCGAGCAGCGAAAUUGAGCACAAAGCUGAGGCCAAGAAGAAAGCUAUACCUCGUAAGGCAGCUGGACUCAGUUGGGAAGAUCCUACUCUUGCAGAGUGGCCAGAGAAUGAUUGUCGCCUAUUCUGUGGUGAUCUUGGGAAUGAGGUGAAUGAUGAUGUCCUAUCAAAAGCCUUUUCAAGGUUUCCAACCUUUAAUAUGGCUAAGGUUGUGAGAGACAAGCGGACUGGUAAGACCAAGGGAUUUGGAUUUGUGAGUUUUUCCAAUCCAUUAGACCUUGCUGCGGCACUUAAAGGAAUGAAUGGGAAGUAUGUUGGAAACCGGCCGAUUAAACUCAGCAAGAGCAAGUGGCAAGAGAGGACUGACACUGAAGCUCUGGAAAGUCGCAAGAACCAAUCACAUAAGAAACCAAAGACAGCAAAGAAGGGUAUAUUUCACAAGUGAGCACCAAUCAUGAUAAUGGCUCAAGCAGCAAGAUACUCGAGAUGUAUUUUAAAUGUGUUUUAAUCAACUUCUUCACCAUCGCUGCUGUUUGCGAAAGCAGGGAUGGACGACAAUCCCAGGAUACAGUUAGAUUUCAACCUCUGCUCAGUUGCUGGUUAAUGUCCUCUGCAAUUUGUUAUUCACAUUGCUAUAUCCAUCAGUUGCUGGUUGAUGUAUUUCUUUCUCCUUUUAAGAGCAGUAAGAUAGUUGUGGAUAAUAAAUUCUUUUAGUAACCAUAUGUUUGAAAGAUUGCGGCCAUUUUGAGACAACUUUCAUCCAUGUGAAAUCUACCUUAUUAUUUUUUGACACAAAUGAAUCUAUCAUAUUGUCACACCUGACUAGUGGAUUGGUUUGUGUUGAACGUAGUUAAACCUUUUAA